GAAACCUGUGACCUAUCCCGUUUAAACCCUGAAAAAUAUAUCUUUCCCCUUCAAACAUAUCUAACGCUAAAACCCUAACAACCGUACCCUCUGUAUCUUCUCGUCUUUCCUCCAAGACCCCAUCGGCAUCAAGGAAACUCCCUCAAUGAUGAUGAGCUCAGUGUUAAGAAGAUCGUCUUCCAUGGCUGCUAGACGAACACUCGCUGCCGCCUCCACCACCAAUUCCAUCGACGCUCUCUUACACCAUCUAUUAUCUCCCGCCACGCCGCCUACUGGGCCUUUUGCGGCCAAAGCUGGUUUCACCUCGGUCUCAACCGUACCUUUAUUUAACCUCAGAGCUCAGGAUCGUCCGUUCUUGCUCAAAGCGAGAGACUUCCAUGUGAAAUCUGGACCGUUGAGCUUCAAAGCGUCGCUUGCACCGCAAGCUGAGUACGCAGUGGAUGAAUACGAUACCUUUGAUGAAGAGAAGGGGCUUAAGGGAAUUAGCAGCAGCAACAAGAAUAGUGUUAGUGAUGAUGGACUUGAGAUUUCUAAGCUUGGAAUUUCGAAAGAAAUUGUUACAGCUCUGGAGAGCAGGGGCAUCACCAGACUCUUUCCUAUCCAGAGAGCUGUGCUUGAGCCAGCAAUGCAAGGGCGUGAUAUGAUUGGCCGUGCCAGGACAGGAACAGGAAAAACUCUUGCUUUUGGAAUUCCAAUACUUGAUAGAAUCAUCCAAUUCAAUGCUAAGCAUGGGCGUGGAAGGAAUCCUUUGUGCUUGGUGUUGGCUCCAACAAGAGAGCUUGCACGCCAAGUUGAGAAGGAAUUCCGAGAUUCUGCACCCAGCUUGGAUACAAUAUGUGUUUAUGGAGGUACACCAAUUGGUCGUCAAAUGAGGGAGCUUGACUAUGGUGUUGAUAUUGCGGUUGGCACACCUGGUCGCAUUAUUGAUCUACUCAAGAGAGGUGCUCUAAAUUUAUCGGAGGUUCAGUUUGUUGUUCUUGAUGAAGCUGAUCAGAUGCUUCAAGUAGGUUUUGCAGAGGAUGUUGAAACAAUCUUACAAAGGUUGCCACAGAAUCGUCAGAGCAUGAUGUUUUCAGCAACAAUGCCAAAUUGGAUCAGAAGCCUCACACAGAAGUACCUAAAAAAUCCACUAACUAUUGAUCUUGUUGGAGAUUCAGAUCAGAAGCUAGCAGAUGGAAUUUCCUUAUAUUCAAUAGGAUCAGACAUGUAUGGAAAAGCAUCCAUUAUUGGUCCUCUGAUAACAGAACAUGCAAAAGGAGGAAAAUGUAUAGUAUUUACUCAGACAAAACGUGAUGCUGAUCAACUUGCAUGUGCGAUGGCGAGAAGCUUUAAGUGUGAAGCUUUGCAUGGUGAUAUAUCACAAAGCCAAAGGGAGAGAACACUUUCUGGCUUCCGAGAUGGGCGCUUCAAUAUUUUAGUUGCUACCGAUGUUGCUGCCCGAGGUCUUGAUAUACCUAAUGUUGAUUUGAUAAUACAUUAUGAGAUUCCAAACUCGUCAGAAACUUUUGUUCAUCGAACUGGCCGAACUGGUCGUGCUGGGAAGAAAGGAAGUGCGAUUCUCAUCUAUACUCAGGAGCAGGCAAGGGCUGUGAGGGGUAUUGAGAGAGAAGUAGGGUGCAAAUUUACUGAGCUCCCUAGGAUCAGUGCUGCCGAUGGAAGCGGGGACCUCUUCAAUCAGAUGGGAAAUGGUUUUCGAUCUGGG